GGUCGCCAAUCUUAGGCUCUUAUAGAAGCAAAGCUUGGCACAACGCCGCUGCGCAAGGUCACACUGUCACAGUGUCAAAAACUAGCAAAGCCCUGUUGCGAGAGAACAAGUGAGAAAACCAUGUCUUCUAGAGCAGGAACGACGCCAUCAACAUACUCUCCUUCAACCCAAAAGAAGAAACCCCAAAAACCCACUUUCAAUGACUCUAAUGGAGUUCGUUCCGAUGGUCGUGGCUUUUACCAGUGUAGACCUGCUUACUUGAAAACUGGUGCUGUCAGCGCUGCUGGUGGUUCUGCAUAUGCAGAAUUUGGCAACACCAAAGUCAUUGUGUCUGUAUUUGGACCAAGAGAAAGUAAGAAGGCAAUGAUGUACAGUAAUGUUGGCCGGCUGAAUUGCAGUGUCAGCUAUACACCUUUUGCUACCCAAGUUCGUGGGCAGGGCUCAGAACAUAAAGAGUAUUCCUCAGUGCUCCAUAAAGCUUUGGAGGGUGCAAUAUUAUUGGAGUCAUUCCCGAAGACAACAGUUGAUGUUUUUGCAUUAGUAAUGGAAUCUGGUGGAAGUGAUCUCCCGGUUAUUAUAUCAUGUGCCAGUCUUGCUCUAGCUGAUGCAGGGAUCAUGAUGUAUGAUUUGGUUGCUGCAGUUUCUCUGUCUUGUGUUGGGCCCAGUCUCGUAAUUGAUCCUGUUCUGGAGGAGGAACGCUGGCAAGAUGGAAGUUUAAUGUUAACCUACAUGCCUUGUCGUUCAGAGGUAACACAGUUGGCUGUUAAUGGAGAAUGGACAACCCCAAAGAUUCAUGAGGGAAUGGAACUCUGUCUUGAUGCCUGCAAGAAGCUUGCUGGGAUCAUGAGAUCGUGCCUCAAGGAAGAAGCUGAUUCUCCUUCAAUUCAGUAAUCCCCUUGUUUACUUUCAGAUGUUUCAGAUGGAUUUAUGGUAGAUAAUUUAUUCUACCAGUUUUGCCCUUAAGUUAUUAGAUACUCUCCAUCCCAUUGUAAAUACCAUACUCCCUUACUAGAUCAUACUGAAUCAGUAGCUACGGAAGAUUAGUGAUUUUGAAUGGGUAAUUUCUAUUAAUGAGAAAAAAAAAUUAUCACUAAAACAUAGAUAACUUUUAAGUAUUUUGAGUUAAUUUUUACUAUGAUGUAUCAUAUUUAUAACCUAUUACUAUUUGGCCGUUUGUUAGACAUGUUAGAGCAAAAAAUUGUUGAUCUUUUGACGAA